AUAUAUUCAUUCCAUAUUUGUCUUCACCAACACACGUAUAGUCAUAGUACAAAAUACAUAUACACACACACACACAUAUAUAUAUAUGCAUAAAUAAAUUUCUUCCCUUCAGUUCCGCGUCUCUCACGUCCUGCAAAGUAUAUACCAGGAAGCUUAUUAGAAGAACAACUUGGUCCCACUCCACAAGACAUCCAAGUAAGUCCUUCAGUGGAGACCUGACAAAUAUUUUACCGUUAUAGUCUUCCACACACACAUAUAUAUAAACAUCCUUUGUCACACAGAAUUCAUAAUCCACCACAUAACUGGGUAAAAGUCAGAACUCUUUUGCCAUGGCGGUGCUUAUGAAGUCUUCAUUGUUCUUCUUCCUUCUUUCCCUGUCUCUGCAAUUAUUUUACUUCGCAAACGCGCAGUCGUUUAUUGGUAUCAACUACGGCCAAGUCGCCGACAACCUUCCGCCACCGACGUCGACGGCGAAGCUGCUCCAGACGACCACCAUCGGAAAAGUCAGGCUGUAUGGCGCCGAUCCGGCGAUCAUCAAAGCACUGGCGAACACCGGCAUCGGAAUCGUCAUCGGCACCUCCAACGGCGACAUCCCGGGCCUCGCCGGCGACCCAAAUUUCGCCGGCCAGUGGGUCAGCUCGAACGUCUUGGCCUACUAUCCCGCCAGCAACAUUAUCACCGUCACCAUCGGUAACGAGGUCAUUACCUCAGGCGAUCAGACCCUCAUCUCACAACUCUUGCCUGCCAUGCAAAAUGUCCAAAAUGCCCUUAACGCAGCUUCUCUUGGUGGGAAGGUUAAGGUCUCUACAGUACAUUCGAUGGCUGUGUUGACUCAGUCCGAGCCGCCCUCGGCUGGGGCUUUCAAUCCCGGGUUUGGUGACACAUUGAGAGCUAUGCUGGCAUUCCAGAGAGCUAAUGGUUCGCCUUUCAUGAUCAAUCCGUACCCUUUCUUUGCGUACCAGAGCGAUCCAAGGCCGGAGACCCUGGCGUUUUGUCUCUUCCAACCCAACUCGGGGCGAGUCGACUCGGGAAACGGUAUCAACUACAUGAACAUGUUUGAUGCUCAGGUUGAUGCUGUACGGUCUGCCUUGAAUGCAAUGGGAUUUAAUGACAUUGAGAUUGUGGUUGCAGAGACGGGGUGGCCUUACAAGGGUGACUCUAACGAAGUUGGCCCCAGUGUUGACAAUGCAAAAGCCUAUGUUGGAAAUUUGAUCAACCACCUCAGAACAAUGGUUGGGACACCACUAAUGCCUAGCAAAUCUGUGGACACUUAUAUUUUUGCUCUUUAUGAUGAGGACUUGAAACCUGGGCCGGCCUCGGAGAGGUCAUUCGGGCUCUUCAAGCCUGAUCUUUCCAUGACUUAUGAUGUUGCUCUUUCAAAGAAUGGUCAGACUCCCCCAACUCCAGUUACUCCUAUAACUCCUCCAACUCCAGUGACUCCACCGACUCCACCAAAUGGAAGUUGGUGUGUACCAAAGGUUGGAGUUUCAAAUGCUCAAUUACAGGGAAAUUUAGACUAUGCUUGCGGCCAAAACAUUGAUUGUAGUCCGAUUCAACCUGGUGGUCCCUGUUUUGAUCCAAAUACCGCGGCAUCACAUGCUACCUAUGCAAUGAAUCUCUUCUAUCAGACUGCUGGCAGGAAUCCCUGGAAUUGCGAUUUUAUGCAAACAGCAAUGCUCACAUCCACUAAUCCAAGGUGGAUUGUCAAAUGGGGGCACACUUCCUCAUCCUUUGUCUGUUUUCUCCUCACCAGAUUCUGGUUCCAAUUGAUACUUAUGUUUAUUUAAUGUGGUGUUCUUCGUUUGUACAUGGAUUACAAUACAUUUUACUCUGCUAUGUAAUUGUAAAAAGAAAAAAAGUUGAUUUCAUUUAUAGUUUUACUAGGAAUUGUUGAUAAAUUCAAGUUUUUAGUGCCUGAGUGUUAUGUAUAUUGCUAGUCUGAAGUGAACUUAUUCGCCUUGCAUUUCUGCAAAGCAGAUUAUUCCAAGUGUUCAAAUUCCUGUAAUUUUGGAUUUUUAUUGUCAGGUUUUGUUUCUA